GUCGCUUUUAUAAAAAUGCCUUAGGAGAAUAUAUUACUGGUGUGCAUCUUGAGACAAAACAAUGGCACUGAUAUAUUUAAAGACAUUUCUAGGCAAGUUAUAUUCAGUUAAGACAGAUCACACAUUCAUUUUAGUCUGGAACUAGCCUGAAGCCUUUUCUGCGAAACCGGGCCUAAGAUUUGGUCUUUUUCUUAACAGAUUGCUCCUUAUUUCCGUUAGCUAGUCUCACACACAACAUACAUUAUCACAGGAAUUUGUGUGUCGUCACUAUACAUAAUAUAUCCUAGUAUUUUUUCACUUACUGUCCUUUCAUUCAAAGGUUGUUUAUUGCGAACGUGUUUUGGUUCGUGUCAUAUGUAAACGUAUGCCAGUGGUUUUGUCUAAACUGAUGUCAGUGUAGUUUUUAUUACGGCUGUUUAAUGUGCACUGGUUAGUGUACACUUCCCCUUCAGAUGCAUCUGUCUGCUUUCUCUCCUCGAUAGAUGACUUUACUCCCCCUCACAGCAGUCGAAAGUCUUUGAAUCCUGACUGCUUUGAGAGAACAAGACGCUUGUGUUAGACAGCCAGAUAAAAUGCAUCUGCUUCAUUGUUUCCAUGGGGGAAAAACCUGAAAGGCUUUAGCUUUUUGAAUCAACCCUUUUUAAGGAAAAAGCUAUCACUCCUCUUACAAUGCUGGUUUGCUGUGGGCAGUUGUGGCGAUGGCUGUGGUGACGCGAAACGACAGUGAUGUGGAGGCGCAGUUGAUCUACGCUGUCACGCUUCCCUUCUCCUGUGCCAUAGUCUUCUUCAACACGCUCCUCAUUCUGGGCAUCACAUGCAGCCGUCAACUUCACAAUUCGCAACAUUAUUUCUUCUUAAGCCUUCUGGUUGCUGACCUGUGCACAGGUGUGGCCCUUCCCUUCAUACCCUGGAUGGGUCUAAAUCGUCCUCUCAGCUUCUCGGCCUGCCUGCUGGUGCACAUCUUUCCCAACUUCAUCUUCCUGGCCUUCCUCUUUCACUUGGUGCUGGUGCACUACGAGCGAUAUCAGAGUAUUGUUAACCCUCUGCGGCGGGGUCAACUUUGGCUACAUCGCCGGUUCUCACUGACUCUGCUUGCCGUGUGGAUGCUGCCAUUGCUGUUUGCAUUGUUGCCUGCUUUUGGCUGGAAUAACAGGGCUGUUCAUUCAUGCUGUCCAGGACUGAACAGCUCGCAACAUUUAAACUGUGCAGUGUCGUCUGGAGGUGGUUGCUGUUCUUACCGCAACAUCUUUCCAGAUGCUUUCAUCUUUUUGGAGGUAUACGGUCUACUAGCACCUGCCGUCCUUUCCAUUGCCGCCAUGACAUGUCAUGUGCUGUGGAUCACAGGAGAACAGCUAAGGGGCAUUCGACGUCUGCAGCGUGGUGUAGCGAACAAGCAAUGCCGAAGAAGAAUGGACAUGCGUUAUGCUUGCUGCGUGGCAGCCAUUUCUUUUGCCUUUCUGACUUGCUGGGUCCCUUAUAUUGUUUACACCCAUAUGGGCAUGACAUUUUUGCUUAGCCAGGGGCAAAGGAAAAGUCGAACUUGCCACAUCGUACUGUCCUGUACUGGAGUUGGGGGCAUGGCGGUGGUGCCCCUCCUUUUGGGACUUGCCAACAGGGAGUACACAGAUCCAGCCAGAAAACUGUUUCGUAAACUGUGGUACCACUGCAGAAAUACAAAUGUGCAAAUGGACACUACCCUGUGGGUCUGUCAUAGUUAAUGUGAUUAAAAACGUACUUCAUUCCUAAUUUUAAAAUGGUAAUUACAACCAUACGUUUUAAGAAAUUGUAUGUUGGGUUUUAUUGUCAUCCUUUCCAUAACAAUGGCUGUUUGAUUUGAAGCCAAUUUUCUUGAUGCCAAUAACAAAAUAAGAAGAACCUGUGCUGUGCUGUGAUGUGUUGCGUGUGCUUGGUUUACAGCAUGCACACAGAUAUGCAUUUUCUCUUUCAAACUCGAAUCGAUGGUUGUACGAAAAAUUAACUUACAAUUUGUUAAUUUGACAGCCUCUAUUUAUUAGGGUGUUUUGAGUAAAUGGUUAAAAGAAGUAGGCAAGGGAUGUGGGAUUGGCUGUGGAACAUUAAGGUAAACCAACAUGGUAGCUGAUAAUAUUUGUCAUUGUCCAAGAGGUUCACAUUCAGUUUUGAUUCACAUCUCCCAUUCCUGUCAAUCUGUUUUUCCCACUUGAGUUGUGUUUUGAAAAACACAAACUUUAAAAAUACACCUGGGGCCUCAUGUAUAAAAUGUUGCAUAGAAACCAUCCUAAAUUUGAUUUUACGAUAAUUUCUCGGUUUUUCAAGUGCGUAUGUGUGAUUCAUAGAACGCACGUUCGCACCGAAAACGUGUGUACGCCUCUCUAUCAGAUGUAAAAUCAAUAAAUCGCAAAUGAUCGUGAAAUUGCACGCAGCUGAACAGUUUCAGAUUUCCACCUUUUAAUGAUUUAAUGUCAAGGAUAUAUGAAAGAGCACCUGUCAACGUCCAAAUCCUAUACAAGCAGCAAGAAUGACUUAUAUUUUCAAAAACCUCCGGCACUCAGGCAAGCAAAAGUGCAUAAUGUCUGCUCAGACCCUGACGUGGUGCUAAGCACUUUUCCACGUCAAAGUCCGUUUUUAUAAAUAUGAACGUUGCUGUGGAUUUUUGCGCACGCUUUACGAUCAAAUCUGUGCGUACACACGUUUUAUAAAUGAGGCCCCUGAUCUAUUUUACUUCUGUGGUUCUAAAUUGAUAGAGUGACAAUUUUGUUUCAUAGUAAAAACAGUUUACAACUUAUUGGCCAUCACAAAAGCAGAGAAAUUAAAUGUUGGGGAGAGGUUGCAGAUUUCUGGAGUGUUGCCCUGUAAAAGAAAGAUCAAUGUAGUGAAUCGAGUUUUCAGAUUUGUGCCAUUUUCUUUCAGAUGCCCUGAGCGUGAUUAGCUUAUUAUAUUAACCUCCAGAGAUCUAGGCCUGGUUUCAUAGAUGAGGCUUAAAACUAGUCCCGGACUAAAAUCAAUGUUUGAGCUGUCUUAACUGACAAUAAAUUGCCCUGACAUAUUUUCUUAAAAUAUACCAGUGCCAUUGUUUUGUCUAAAGAUGCACAUCAGUAAUAUUUUUUUCAAAUACAUUUUUAUAUAAAUAUCCUUAUUUAACUAAGGCAUCAUUCUUUUGCUUAAGUUAAGCCUUGUUUGUGAAACCUGGCCCCAGAGUCUGACACUGAACUGGUGGGAGGAGAGAAAAAAGACUCAGACCCUUGCCCUGCAUUGAACACCCUACACCCAUAGCGUCUGUGUGUCAAAUUUAAUGUAAGAUGUACUUUACUGCCCCGAACUGUAAAAAUAAUAAUCUGCCUACU